AUGGAUUCCCAGCAACAGCAUGGAUCAUCCUACUCCUCAGAUCAACCCGGCCGUACCAUAUUCCCCAAAGGCCCGGUAUUCAGCCUUGACGACUUCUCCGACCGCGACUUCAUAGCCAAAGACUUCAUCGAAUCUCUGACCGAGAGCGCGCAACCCUCCCAUCGUCGCUCUCACGGAGCCGAGGCACCCUUCGACCCAAAACCUCUAAUACGAACCUUCGAGCAAGCCUCACGGCGACUCGACGAACUCUCGGGGGAGCUAGAGCAACGGGAAAAUGAGCUCGCGGCAGCAGUAAGAAGGGCGGAAGCCCAACACGCCAGCAAUACGGAGACGCUGGGUCGGAAGCUCAACCAGACCAUUGAGAGUUUCCGUAAACUCGACACUUCGUUGAAGUCGGACCGCGGGGAGAAAUGGGGCGGGAACGUCGCCGUCGAGACUGGCCGGCGGAUAGAAGAGCUCGACCGACAACGGAGAAAAGCCAUGGACGCGCAUUUCUUGAUCGAGUGCUGGGACGAAGUCAGCAACCGAGGCGAGCUCACGCAGCUGGAGAAUCUGAGGAGGUCUGGCACGGGCGAAGGCAAGAUCAGAUCCGCCAACAUAGCCCGCCAACUGCUCCGGAUAAGUCAGCGGCUCGAUCCCAAGAGCCACGGACAGGUCAACGGCGACUCCAAUCACCCGGUCGGCAUCACGAACGGGGUGGUCGGGAGCGGCGGCAGGAACUUCAACACGCGAGAAGUGAUCGAAAAAUUCAUCGAGACACUGGAGAACGACAUGCUCAAGUUAUUUGAUGAUUUCUACAGACGACAGAAUUUCGAGGAGAUGAAGAACUGCGCCAUCGUAUUGCAAGAUUUCAACGGCGGCGCAUCGGUCCAAGCGGCUUUCGUGAACCAGCACCAGUUCUUCAUCGACAGGAGCAACUUGGUGACCGACGAGAUCGGUGGCGACCAAGAAACCUGGAUGCGACUGUCGGACCCCGACGCAGAUCUCCCCGGCGUCGAACCUGGUCUGCAAUCCCUGAUUGACGAAGUCAAGGUGGUGGUCCAAGAAGAGUCCGCGAUCAUCAAAAGAGCAUUCCCUUACCCGGAACAAGUGCUGGGCAAAUUCGUGCAGAGGGUAUUCCAGCAAUCGAUCCAGCAAAGGCUGGAGCUUGUGCUGGAAAAAGCCGAGUCGGAAUCCACGCUUGCAUAUCUGAGAUCGCUGCAGGCGGCUAGAAGCUACAUCAGCAUCCUUGUGGAAGACCUCAAAGCACACGGGUUGACGGAGCAUCCGGAUUCCGUCACCUCUCAGACGAGCCAGCUAUUAGACCAGCAGCUCGACGAACUCUUCACCCCCUACUUCGGCGGGUCAGCCUACAUCGACAAGGAGAAGCACAACCUGCAAGAGUUGUAUAAAUCACUACUAUUCAAAUUCGAGCUGUUCCACUCCCGCCGGCAGAAGGAACCCAAGACGUAUCUCGCAUCACUGCGGAACCGCGGGCAAGAACUCCUGGCCUCGGCGCGAGAGGCCACAGACGCGUACGUCAAAAGCCUCGACUUGGAGAAGAUGUCGCCGACACAAAAGCGCAUUCUUCUCUCCGUCGCCGGGCUCAAGGACACGGACAAGGCCCAGCCGGGCAUGGAUCUGUCCGAAGAAGACGGCAGACUACACGUAGCAUUCGCCAAGAGAAUGCUGAAAUGGCUUGCCGAAGGAGUGCGCCGAGGCCUUGAACUCGGCGGCGGGUCCGAAACGCCCAAAGACGUGGCGGCGCUGCUGAACCUGAUCCUGAAGAACCUGCUCGAGUUAUACGUCGAAGUGGCUCUCGACGCGGCCGCGGAGAGCGCGUCGGCCGCGGAGACGUCGAAACGCGAACAACCGGACCUGUCGUACCUCACGAUCCUCCGGACGGCGGUCCACAUCACGCACCUGGUGCAGAGUUGCGUCAACACGCUCCUGAUCCCGCUGGCCGGGCCGAGCCUGACGGCGCGCCGUGACAUGGAGAAAAGCACGCGCGCCGCCGUGGCCCGCAUCGAAGACCAAAUCAACACCAUCGAGCAGCAGACCAUCGACGCCGUGCUGAACUGGACCGCGCGCCUGCUGUCGACCCAGACCCGCACGGAUUUCCGCCCGCGCGCAGAGACCGAGGCCGAGGCCGCCGCCCUGGAACAGGCCCAGACCCCGACGUGCGACAGCGUCUGCCGCUUUCUGGCCCUGUUCCACGACACGGCCGCCGAGGCUUUUGACGGCGCCAACCUGCACGCCUUGCUCACCGAGGUCGCCGUCGGCUUCCGCGCCCAGCUGCUCCAGCAUUUCACAAAGUACCAGGUCAACCGCAUCGGCGGCGUCAUGCUGGCCCGCGACAUGAGCCGCUACGUGCAGCUACUGAGGUCGUGGAAUCUGGACGAUCCCUUCAAAGCCAGUCUCGAGGUCUUGACCGAGAUUGCCAGUAUCUUCGUCUUGCUGCCCGACGCCCUCAAGGAGCGUUUGCGAAGUCAGGUCCUCGGCAAUCUGGGCAAGGAGAAUCUCCGGCCCUAUCUACUCAAACGGGAUGAUUAUAUGGAAGUCGGCAUGCAGAGUCUCCUCCACGCCCUGUAG